AUGGCCGACUCGAACCCGUCUCAGCCGCUCGCCUCUUCGUCUGCGCAGGACCACGAGAUGGCCUCCAUCGACCAGGCGGCUGCCGCGGCAACCGACGCUCCGUCCACCUCGAGAUCGCACCCUGCCGACAAUCUCAGCCCAGAGGAAGACCUGCAUGACCAGGAACAAGAUGAGAGACCCAGCAUCGUCGAAGACGAAAGCGCAGAGCACUCGGGAGAACCGUCCGCGGCCAUUGAGCAGGCGGCCGCUGCCGGCGGCCCCAGCAGAAGGCGCGCCACCGCCCGCGGCUUCGAAGCCAGCGAAGGCUUCGCAUUCGUCGAACAGCCCGAGAGGAGAGGCGAGGACAGGCUUCUCGACGAGCGAGUGCGCGACAAGUACAUUCGAGAGAUCGGCGAUCUGUACGACGAGAGGCGCGCUUCGUGA